AAUGUCAUGGUAAUGGGCACAACAUUGUGGCAAUGCUUACGCCCAUCUAUAUGUUUUUUUUUUUUUACAUUACCCUUCUGCGGUAACAACACCAAUCACGAAGAACGCUGUCAUCUGUGUGGACGUUUGAAUAUCAAUGUUGGUAGAGAUAUAGAAAUUCUCAGAGGAAAACUUAAUUUUGGAAUAUUUUAAGAGAGAAUUAAAAGGAUGGCCACCAAGCUUACCGGAAUGAGACUGCACAAAUGGAUCGUGUUAUUCUAUAUAAUGCAUAGAUCGAUCAUGAUAACUGCACCACACACCAUGGCAAUGUCGCCGAUAAAUAUAACAACCGAUUCCACAACUGCUGCAACAACAACAGCAGAUUUAACAACAUUAUCAACAACCGAUUCCACAACUGAUGCAACCACAUCAGAUACAACAACGUCACCAACAACCGAUUCCAUAACUGAUCCAACAACAUCAGAUACAACAACGUCACCAACAACCGAUUCCAUAACUGAUCCAACAACAGCAGAUACAACAACGUCACCAACAACCGAUUCCACAACCAAUACAACAACAGCAGAUACAACAACGUUACCAACAAACGAUCCCACAACUGAUGCAACAACGGCAGCAGAUACAACACCGUUACUAACCACAGGAGAAUCAAACAUAACAUGGACAAUCAUUGUGACUGCUACAGCUACAUCACCAGGUGCGAGCAUAUCCGAUACUGAAAUCCCAUCAACCAUGUCUACUACAACUGCAUUCACGCCGUUAGAUACGGGCACAACUGCAGAUAUAACUACCACCUCCGCUACAGUAACAGCAACCACAGAAAAAACAACAGCACUAAUGGGAACAUCUGAUCCAAGAACACAAACCACAGCGCCAGACAACCGUGAUCGAAGUGCACUACCAUCAAUUUCAGACACCCCUGAAACUCUCGAUCCAGAUGUACCAACAACCACGCCCGAAACCCAUGAAACUCUCGAUCCAGAUGCACCAACAAUCACGACAGAAACCCCGGAUCCAAGUGCACCAACAACAGCGUCAGGAAACCCUGAUCCAAGUGAACCGGUUUUGAUUACUACAUCCGAGGAAACAUCUACUAGAGAUGAAGAUUCUACAACAAGCUCACCUAAAGAUUCCAUAUCGUCUGGUGCCAUCGCGGGUAUCGUCAUCGGAUCAUUAGCAGGAACUGCUGCUUUGGCAGGCGGUGUUGGAGUUGCUGUGUAUUAUAUGAAACAUACCAUGGGUGAUGCUACAGUUACGCCAACCUAUUCCAGUCAGAGCAAUAUUCGUAUGACGAUGAUGGAGGAAGGGGUUGCAGGAAACCAUCCUAAUGUGACUGGCAAAAACAACGUAAAGUGAUUUCCCUGGUGACGUGAUAGUCAAACAGAUGACAGAAAAGACAACAGUAAGAAAGGAAAUCGGAGGAAUCAAUUUUUUUACUCUGAACACGAACAAUAAUGCUAAAAUGAAAUUUUCAAAUCUCGGGACAGAUUCUGCGAUCGCCAAUAAGGGGAGCCGGAAACACAUAUUUUCAUCCACAAACUGUUUUUGGUUGGUUUAUGAGGGGAAUUCCUAAAUAAAGAUUGAGGUUUUAAGUACAUCUUAACUUUUUCUUAUAAACAAGAUAGGUAUGUCAUUAAGCCAAUACAUGAUGCGAGCGCGAAGCGCGAAAUGUUUCUCAUAUAGUCCAUGUAUUCAAACCUGAAAAUUGAAUAUGCUAAGCAGUUUUUAUAAUCAUAAUCAAGAUGUGUACAUAUAACUUACCAAUUAAUGGAUAUACUGACCUGAAAAAAGACAUGUUAAGGACCGUUGCAGUGACUCUCACCAAUUACACAAUGCGUAGCACAACCUCAAAAAAUUGAUAUAUAUCGACCUGAAAACUUGACGAUUGCUUAGAUUGGGAUCUAACAAUAAGGUCUUUGGAUCUAACUAACAAAUGAUGCGAGCGCGAAGCGCGAGUUGAAAUUUUUUAUAUACUGACCUAAAAGGGACAUGGGGCCCGUUACACAAAACUUAGCAAUGAUCGUAGAACAUUUUUCUACGAUUGAUUCCAUUGACUACAAUGUACAAUCAAUCUUGAAAAUCAAGCGUACGAUCAAUCGCUAAACAUUGUGUUACGGUACUCUGCUCAGGAAUAUUGGCAGUGACUCAUGAAGAGGAUACAUAAAAAAUAAACUUCUCAAAAAAGUUUGGUAAUCUGAGUUUGGCCAUUAAUAUCUCCCAACUCCCAAUUUUACACAAUGCAUGUUUGAUAUCGUUCAAAAGAUCAUUUGAUUUUCUUUAAAAUGAUAUCCUGCUUGUUAUGACCAUGCCAUCACGAAAAGAGCAGGAUUCAAAAGUGUUGGAUGAGGUCUAAAUUGAAAAGCUGCAAAAUAAGCAGAAAUGGUCAUGAAGGGUCAAUAAAGAGCAUGAUUCCUUUGUCCGGAGUGAUGACUUUUUAUGUAGUGAUGGAUCUGUGAGAUAACAUGGUUUGAGUCGUGGUUUGAAAUACCCAUGCAUGUUGAAAACAAAAGGAAACCACUAAGAAAUUCACUCAUCACCACGGAAAAAAAAGAACAGUGACUUUCAAUAUUGUGUCAUUUUGCAACUUUGGAAUUUUGACCUUGCCCCGCACCUCCAUGUGAACCAUAAUCAUAUCAUGUAGGGUAUCAUUUGAAGAAAAUUAAAUGAUCUUUUGAAUGAUAUCAAAUAUUUAUUGUGUAAAAUUGGGAGUUGGGAGAAAUUAAUGGCAAAACUCAGAUUUCCAAACUUUUUUUAGAUUAUAUUCCGACCUGAAAACUUAACAUUCUAAGCACUUUUUGUAUCCAUGAACAGAAAGGGUAUCUAUUACUUACUAGACUGACGAUGCGAGUGCGAAGCGUGAGCUGAAAAGUUUUUACAGCUGUAAAUUUACUCGAAAUGGAACUGUUUAACAUGGAGCUGGCGCUGUUGCUGAUAUGCAUUGCGGAACACUGUUUUCUUCCAGUAAGGUUUCUUUGGGUUUUAAUUUUUGCAUUUGCACCCCGAUUUGUACCAAAAUUGAAUGUUUACCGAUAAAUAUUAAGGCCACCGCACAACUUACAAAAUAAUGUUCCACGAUCCGAUUUCGGAACAAAUGGCAUUUUCCUCAUUUUCUGUAAAUUUGAAUGAAAAGUGUAUUUUUAUAAUAGGUUCAAAUUAACUGAAAGAAUACUAACGUAACAAUUUUGGAUGAUUGCAAGUCUUUAUUUUGGAAUAAAGGAUAAAUUAGUUUCAAAUCGUAUAGUCAGUCGUACGAUUGCUAUGACGUCAUUAAUAUAGGAGCGCCUUGAGCACAUAACAAGGUGGAUAUGUGCGCAAUAUAAAUACCCUAUAUUAUCAUUACGACUAGAUAUUAAAUUCGCUUUUAUUCUGAUAAGGAUGAUAGCAUAGUCACAUAUUUGAACAUAGGUAUUUUUACGAUGAUUUAGAACAUUGCACAGUAAGAUAUUCCAUGUUUCAAUAUUAGCAUCAAAUCCUACUCCGUGUCAUUCCGAAUCGGGUCGCAGACCGAUCGUAAGGUGUGCAGUGGCCUUUAUAGUUCAAUGCCACAGUCAGACCGACCAUAGCUUUUACCAUGUUUACGAUUACCAUUGACUGGCAGGAGCCGACUGGCAGGUCUUAGCUGACUGGUCAUCGGUCGGUUUAGAGUCAGUUUCGUUGGUGUGACUCUAGAACCAGCAAGUGAAAGUGGUACUCUUCAUACAAGUGAUUGAGUUUCAAUGAAAUCUAUUCCAAUGCGACGAAUGAUAUAAUGCCAUUCGAUAGAUUUGGUCGGUUGGAGUUGGUUUCGCCGAUGUGACUUUGUCAUAAAAUGAGGGACGUGGGUUCGAAUCCCAGCCAUGGCGUAUUUUCAUUUCAUUGUUCUGCACUCGACCCAGAUGAGGAGAAUGGCCACCCGGCAGGAUUAUUCCUUG